UCCGCUCGGCUCUCCUCUGCCGCGCUCGCUUCGCCUUCGGCUGUUUCCGGAGCCGCAAGCCGCUAGCUGCGGAGACGCUCCCCGCGCGGGCUGCAGAUGUCGGACAAGCAGGCAGCUGAGGGGCCGGCCUUCUGGAGCCCCGCAGCUCGCCGAGGGUCGGCGGGCGGCAUCGGGGACCGACGGGGAGUGGAGGAGAGCCAGGCGGCCGCCUCAGAGAAGGAAGAUCUGAGAAGCACCAAGGUCAGCUCUGCGCUGGCUUCUGCCUCUGAUCCAGCACCCCAGUCCUCACCCUCCAGGCCACAGAUGGUAUCUCCAGCCAGUAAGGACACCACGGAAGACCUACAGGAAGUGCCUGGUGCCUCAGAAGUCCAGGCUCCAGGAAAGCAGGCGUCGCUGCCAGCUGGCCAGACCCAGGUUCUCAGUGAGAUGGCCAAGUACCAGGCUCCACAGCGACCUGAAGACACAGUUAUGAUCCAGUCUGAGCACACCGGGGCUAUAGAUGUUCUCUCAGCGGAUUUGGAAUCUGCAGACCUUCUGGGGGACCACAGGAAAGUCUCUCCGCCUCUGAUGGCUCCUCCGUGCGUCUGGACCUUUGCCAAAGUGAAGGAGUUCAAAAGCAAGCUGGGCAAGGAGAAGAACAGCCGCCUGGUGGUGAAGCGUGGAGAAGUAGUCACCAUCCGGGUCCCCACCCAUCCCGAGGGGAAGCGCGUCUGCUGGGAAUUCGCAACUGAUGACUAUGAUAUUGGCUUUGGAGUUUAUUUUGACUGGACCCCGGUAACCAGUACCGAUAUAACUGUGCAGGUCAGCGAUUCCAGCGAGGAUGAGGAUGAGGAAGACGAGGAAGAGGAAGACAUUGAAGAGCCUGUCCCUGUGGGAGAUGUGGAGAGAGGCUCCAGGAGUUCUCUACGGGGCCGCUACGGGGAGGUCAUGCCUGUGUACCGGCGGGACAGCCACCGAGAUGUGCAAGCUGGCAGCCAUGACUACCCCGGGGAGGGCAUCUACUUGCUCAAGUUUGAUAACUCGUACUCCUUGCUCCGAAACAAGACUCUCUACUUCCAUAUCUACUACACUAGCUGAAGGGUGCUGGGCUAGGGCAGGCUGUGUUUGCUGGCUGAAGCAGGCUGCCAGCUGGUGCCUCUUGUGUGUGAACAAGAGCCUGAAGUUCUGUGUGGGGCUCUGAAGCGCAGGCCCUGCCUGGCAUGCCUGACGACUGACCCCAUAUAGCUUUUCUCCUUUCUUGGCUUCUGCAGGUGGUGGUGUAGUGCUCCUGUCCUAUGGUCCCCGACUCUCACUCUUGUUUCUGACUCCAGCAAGCCCUCUCAGCAGGCCCCUAUGGGAGGCAGAAGCCUAAAAUGAAGUAGGAUGUCUUUUGAAAACCUGAUUGACUCUGGUAAAGCCCAUCAUGCAGGUUGCCGCUCACUCUUCUCCAGAGCCUGUAAUAUUAGCCAGUGUCCUCCGUAACGCCUACCUUCUUUACAUUCUGAGGUGCCGGAAGACGGGGAAAGCACACUGUCCAUGAAAGAGCCCAAUAUUUCGGAUGGAGAAUGCUCUCCCCAGCCUCUCAGCACUGCCAUAUUCCUGCCCACCCGCGGGGUAGUCUCAGUCUCUAGCUCAGACUGGGAGAGAGACCUCACUGCCUUGAAUGGAUGUUACCAUUCCUGAUGAUUAGACCCUUCCUCCUUCCUCUUUACCAAGUCCGCGUUUCUGCCAUGUAGCAAGAACCUCUAAGCAAUGCAAGCUAUGGUCAGUGUCCUACGAGAAGAAAAGCAGCCUCUAUCACUUCCUGUCUGCAGAGUUAUCUCCCUUACUAAGGGUGCUGGUAGUUGAUGAAGAAACGGUGGAAGGUAACCACAGAGUUAUCUCAGACCUGCCCUUUUGGAAAUCAAGUAUUAGUCCCCCCACCCCAUCUUAGGCCUUGUGUGUUACGUAGAAAGUUUGCUCUGGAACCAAAUCAUGUCUGCAUUUGAAACCCAGUCAUGUCUGCAGUGAUUCUGGGUUUGUUUUUUUUACACUGAGGACAGAAAGCUUUUGGUGUUCAUGGUCCUUAGGGAAAGUAAUCAUGAGAUUUUGCUGUUGCUGCUGUGUGUGCAUCUUACUUGACCAAAGCCUGCAGGUGUCAGCCUCUCACAGUCUGUGCCUCCUGAGGUUCUGAGUGGCGGAAUGUAUGUAUUGUAGUGGGUGGCCACAGCAGCAGGUGCUAAGGCCUCAGGUGGAGCGGGCACACAGUGGCAUGGGCCUCUGCAGCCAUCCGCACCUCUGUGUUUCCCAGUCCGGCUUGUCUGUCAUUUUUCUGAAUUUUGAAUAAUUAGGUUUAUUUAUUACUUUAUUUAUGUUUUUUAAAGCACAUUUCAGAUUGCCUGUGAGACAGCUGCCGUCUAUUUCUCAUAAGGCUUCCCAUCUGCUCUGAGCCACGAAGGCCAUCUCUUUUAUGGCGCUGAAGAUGAUUUUAGGGCUUGGAAAAUGAUCAUGUGUUUAUUGUAAUAUAUCUGCCUUUCAGAGAUGAAGGACUCUAACCUAGUCCGUGUUAGGUACAACUCAGUGAGAUUCUAAGAUGUGAUGGAUGCAGAUAAACUUUACUGACUGACAAGUCAGAAAUAACCAAGUACUAUUAUUUUGGGAUGCCAAAGUCCUUUUCCUCCUCUGACACCCUCUUCAUAAUGUUUCCGUUGGCAUAUUCCUUUAUCAUGUGGUUGCCUCACACCAAGCCUCUCUGUCUUACAGGAGUGAUCACCCAAAAAUCGGGAUCUUGCCAGUUUAGGUGUGUGGUCAGGAACAAAUCCUGUAGUUCUGUCAACAGGAAGCAAAGUGUGGGCUGUCUGACCUGCCCUAGCCUCUCACGGGCCAGUCAGCAACACAGCUCCAUUCUUUCAUCACUGCAGAUAUGCUUUGUAGGGAUCCUGACAGAAGUCCACAUGCCCUCUAAGCAACAAGUAAACCGUUGGGGUAGUGAAACAGACCAGCUGCUCAUCCUGGACUCAGAUAGCUGAGGUGAAGUUGAAUCAUGCUUUUACUGACUGAGUGUACUCUUUAUUUAAGAAAACAAAAAAACAAACAAGCACCUCUUCGGAGCUAUUCCCAAGUCAGUGGCAGCCUCCACACGUCUCUUGUUUGUUGUGGGCCCCUGACCUGCUCUCAGCCUGGUAGCCAGGCCCCUGACCUGCUCUUAGCCCGGUAGCCAGGCCCCUGGGCUUCCCUGGGGAUGCUCCAUCCUUCCUUAGGCUUGUUUCUUGUAGUGCAGAGCAGGGAAGUUGAGGGGCUUCUCCUCUCUCUAUGUACCUGUCACUUGCUGGGCAUUCUGCAACAGUUAUUUUUUAGUGAUUUUUUUUCCUCACAGAGUUGGUUUUUUAUUUUUUUGUCUCAUGAACAUAAAAUACCUAAAGGAAGAUAUGUCCAUAGUAUGAUGUAUUUACUAUUCGUGCACUAAAUUUUUGUAAUAAGAGAACUUGAGAGACAAAGUAUUAUUUACUGAAAUGCAGAUAAUUAUGGAGAACACAGAAGAUAUACUUUGAAGGUCCUAAGAAGUUUCAUUUCCUUGGUCCCUCUAUUUUCAAGUUUAAAGAAUCAAACAAUGACAUGAAUUAUCUGCUUUUAUCCUUGCCCUGCUCUCUAGAGCACAAAUAAAUACUAUGCAUUUAAAGAAGGGAGUUCUAAGAGAGCAGAGAUUAGGAUUCUCUUAAAUUUCUUCAAUUUGUCUAAUUUUGCUACUUUGUUAAGAGACAAGGCUUUUUAAAAAGACAUAUCUAAAGUGCUAUUUUUCCAACAUCAUAUUAUGAAAACUUUGAGCAAGCAAAAAAGCAUUCACUUACAUCCCACAUAUAUUUUUAAAUUACAAACUGCCAGUUUCUAAACAAAGACUCUAGCAUUUAGUUUUCUCUGACGGUAUCCACCUGGAGGAUGUCCCCAUACUCCGUGUCAGCUCUGUUGGAGAGCCCUGCUUACACAGAUCUACUCUUUUCAACUUGGGUCUACCUAAGAGGUCUUAACAAAAAUGGCCGUCAGCCUCCAUCUUUCAGAAAGCUAGCUGUAUGUCCCUUCCGACUGUAGCCUCUCUAAUGGCCUGUCGGUGUCAAGGUAAUUGUGUAGUAGAGUUGGAAACCCAUCUGUGGCUCUCUGACACAUCCCCCAGGACACUCACGUGCAAACACACUCCUCAGAUAACGCAUGAAAAUAGGUAGCAGCUUGAAAGUAGACUAUUCUUAGUUAUUUUCCUAUGAAUGAAUUCAUGCACUUUAAAAAUAUUUUAUUUGGUAUUUAGGAGAAAUGGACUUUUAAAGAAGUAUAUAUUGUCCCAUUAUAUGAAUAUAGAUAAGUUAAUCUGUAACUGUCAUAUAUUCAUGGGAUUAGAUAUUUUUGUGGAGUUUAUAAUAUAUACAUUUUGAUUUUGAUGAGUUGUACUCAGUUCCGUCUUUGUGAGGAACGGGCAAAAUGCAAACCCUAAAGUUUGUGAUUGUAUAUUUAUGUUUAAAGACCACUCUGCAAAAAGUUGCCUUUAAUGUCAGAGUCCAUUGAUUCUAAGGUGUGGGAUUGAGUGACCCUAAUAAUUAUGUAGAAGACGUUAUUAGUGGACAGAGAGAAGGGGACACAAAUUAAGUUUGUGCUGCUUCUAAACUGCCUUUUAAAUGAACAGUAAAGGGUGUUCAUUUAUAAGGGAAUAGAACAGAGGCUGGGAAAGGGGCCAAACCAUCAUCUAAGUCCCGGAAUCCAUUUAGUGCACUAGUGCUACUUCGUUCGUUGGAACUGUUGUAAGCCAGAGCCUUGCUUGUUCUUGUGCUCAGUGGAAACCUCUCCAGUCCUCUGUGCCAUCUCAGCAGGAUCAGCUAGAUGCAUUUUUGGGUAGGUCUUCUCUGCUACAUGUAACCUUGACCUGAGGAUUAGUUUCCUGUCUCUGUCCUUUGGGGCUGAAGAGAGAGUCAGUUAGUUCAGCUUGUGGUGCAGAAACCACAGUUGUGAAUGUAUCCUCGAAAGCAUAAUUAAGAUGCAUUUGUCCAACCCCACAAACCCUGCAGUCACAUGAGUGCUUAGGUACUGUUCAAGCAGGCCUCCCUAGUCUGACAGCAGUGACAUGUUAUAAGCAUAUAGAGCACACCACAGUUUUCUCUAUCAGGGCUUCUAUUUCGAGUUUGUCCUGAGGCUAAACAUCCACUUUAACCACUGUCCUUGGUUUUUCCAUGACCAGAAGUGUAGAAUGUCUACACUUUGGGAAAGGGGAAUCAUGUGUACCCUUCGGACUCUUCGCUGUUUGAAAAGGCAAGUUUUCAUCUGAAGGAAGGGAGCUGAUGUCCUUUCUGCUAUGUGGGUACUUCGCUAAAGAAUAUGGGUUCUGUAAAAAGUAAGUCCUUAUGUCCAUUGUGUGCAUGUGGUCAGGGAGGUGCACACUCCUUUGGGGAAUAGAAAAUAAGGAUCGAAACUCAGGUACAUGUUGGGUAUCUGAUUCCCAAUGACCCAAGCAGAACUCUCUUUGUUCCUGGUGGCAUUUUGGGUGACGCUGAGGGAAGAACUUCUGGAUCUCUGUGUAUCUGAUGCUAGUCACUGACAGACUUGUCCUUUGUGUAACUUAUCUAACACUGUAGGCAUUCCUAAAGAUGAUCCACUUAUCUAGGUGAUACUGGAUUAGAGUGACGGGUGAUCCAAGUAUGCAUAGAAACACUGUAAGCACUUUGUGACCAGAUUGCAGUCACUGUUCCUGCUGAGAUGUAAUAUUGCCCUCUUGAACCAAGAAGACUAACCAGAGACUCUGAACCACUAUCUCAAAGCUGACAAAACACAAUCAAUGACAUAAAGCCUGAUAGGGUAUCGAUAAUCUGGCUCCUUUACAAAUAGCCAUUCCUCAUGAACUAAGUACAGAGACAGCCUACUGGCUGUAAAGUUGUAGGGCUGGUCCCUGGUUUGAAGCCAUGAUCUGAUUCUUAGCCUGUAGACUACUGGCAUGGCUCUUCAUUCAAAGAUACAAUAAAAAUGGCACCCCAGAGACCUAGAGAUAUACCCUGCUUUAUGAAAUUUCAGUUUUCUGUCAUUUAAUUAGGAAGCUUUUUGGCUUAUCUGGAAUUAAAAUUGUAUAUGUGAAAUGAUUUUUUAAAGUUCUGACAGAGGAUCAUGAACGAUUCUGAAGUUUGAGUUGAAUGAUGUCCAGUCUUACUGAAGAGCCCCUAACUCACUGUUGGCCUCAGGGGUCCUCACCUCCUCUCACUCAGGGUUGAAUGCCUGCUCUUUCAUGGCUCCUUGUUAUUGUCAUUGUUCAUUCUUAGGUUCAGGCCAGGACUCAUCUAGAAAACAUUAUCUUAAUUCCUUCCCUCAUAUCCUUAAUAGUACAUUUUAUUAAGAUGUUUUAUGUUAGAAAUACAUCUGUGUUCUGUUUUGAGAUUAUUGUUCCAUAAGUGAAUUAUCUUUCAUCUAAUCAGUCUGAGUUAUUUCCAUUUAGCCUUGUUAAAGAACAAGCCAGUCUGGAAAAAGCAAUCCCGUGAUGCAAGACAUUGGUAUAUCUAUGUUCUCUUAAUGGGAAGUAUUUUGAAACCCACAUUAGAAAUGUUUGAUGCUUUGUAAUACAAACCAAAAGCAUUUGCAAAUGCUUUGUAAUCAAAGUGAUAGAUUCUAGAGAGCAGAAUGGAUGAGGACAAUGGGAAGGCAGGGAGGUGCUUGGAGAUUUCCUAAGCCAUGCUGUGCCGUUUGCUUAUACGUCCAAAGGGCUACUUUGCAGCCAUUGUCUGAUCCAUCCCUGGUUAAAAGUGAUUGUGUUUUCUUUGUAAGUGUUUAAUAAGCAGCUGACAACCAGGAAGACACGCUUUCCUUACUGUUUCGUAGCAUGUGCUGAUGCCAUCCAAGGUUACCAAAGGCCUCGAGGGGAAACUAUCCCACAGUCUUGCCUUUUUUCUUCAAAAUACAAAUAAAUCCAAACUAAUAAUCCAUCAGAGUCAACUUGUUUCCCAUGUUACCCUGUCAUGAGAAGCGCUGUCCACAUGUAUGGUUUGCACACUAAGAACGCAGUACCAAUUGUUACUUAGUUCUUCUGUUCUACUGAGUGGUUUUUCUUCUGUCAGACUAUAUUUUCUCACCUCAAGGCACUGAAUGUGUUGCUGAUACAUGGAUGAACCCUGAGCCAUGGUUUUAACAGCUCGGUUCUGGUGUUUUUAUAUUAUGUGACAGUUUUAUGAGAUGCUUUUGUGCAUUUUUUGUCUUCUUUUCCAUGUUUUGAAAUCUGUCAUGAAUAAACUUUUUCACUGUGCACCUACAA